AUGCCCACGAUAGCUGUCGAUAAGACGGCGCUCUUCAAGGCCCUCGGCCAGGAAUACACCACCGAGCAGUUCGACGAGCUCUGCUUCGAGUUCGGCCUCGAGCUUGAUGAAGACACCACCGACACCGACCGGCCAUUCGUGAACGGGGUCCAGGAACCCCCGCAGCUAAAGAUCGAAAUUCCUGCCAAUCGCUACGAUUUGCUAUGCUUCGAGGGCAUAUCCCUGAUGUUGAAUAUCUUCCGCGGAAAGGCCGUUUCGCCAAACUACAGAGUAGUCACCCCACCAAGCGGACAGCUGCAAACUCUUGUCGUUAAGCCAGAGACGGAGAAUGUACGACCGUACGUGGCUGGUGCGGUCUUCCGCAAUAUUCACUUUGACCAGGCUCGAUACAACUCCUUCAUUGCCCUGCAAGAUAAGCUCCAUCAAAAUAUUGCUCGACAGAGGACGCUGGUCUCCAUUGGAACACACGACCUCGACACCAUCCACGGCCCCUUCUCAUACGAAGCUUUGCUUCCCAAGGAUAUAAAAUUCACCCCGCUAAACCAGACCCAAUGCAUGGACGGGGAACAGUUGAUGGAAUUUUAUGAGAAAGAUAAGAACUUGGGUAAAUUCCUGCACAUCAUUCGUGAUUCACCGGUUUAUCCUGUCAUCUACGAUUCUAAGAGGACCGUCUGCUCCCUGCCGCCAAUCAUUAACGGGGAUCACUCCAAGAUAACGCUCGAUACCCGAAACGUUUUCAUGGAGAUUACGGCCACGGAUAAGACGAAGCUAGAAAUCGUGAUGAACAUUAUGGUUACCAUGUUCUCGCAAUGCACGGAAGAGCCAUUCACGAUUGAACCCAUCAAAAUUGUUUCCGAGCACAAUAAGGAAUCACGACAAGUCCCAACCCUUGAGCCUAGAGUUGCUCAAGCCAGCAUAGCUUACAUUAACCAAUGCACUGGCCUAUCUCUUUCCGGCCAGGAAAUGUGCGAGUUGCUCAAAAAGAUGGCCCUGUCUGCCAAGGUCUCGGAGAAAUCAAAAGAUACCCUUGAUGUUUCCAUUCCAGUCACUCGAGCAGAUAUCCUUCAUCAAGCCGAUAUUAUGGAAGACGUUGCUAUCGCAUAUGGCUUCAAUGAACUUCCACGAUCCUUCCCAAGUAAAUCCGGCACCAUUGCUCAGCCUCUCCCAGUCAACAAGCUAGCCGACAUCAUCAGAGAAGAAGCCGGCAUGGCAGGAUGGACGGAAGUUCUUACUUUCGCUUUGUGCUCCCAUGACGAGAACUUUGCCUGGGUUAACCGCAAAGACGAUGGAAACACCGCCGUUAAACUCGCCAACCCUAAAACAGUUGAGUUCCAAGUUGUUCGAACAAGUCUUCUACCCGGCCUCUUGAAGACUAUCCGCGAGAACAAAAACCAUAGUCUGCCUAUUAAAAUUUUUGAAGUUAGUGAUGUGGGAUUGAAGGAUCUCUCACUUGAACGAAAGAGUCGUAAUGAACGUCACUUCGCUGCGACGUGGUAUGGCAAAACUAGCGGUUUCGAAGUUGUUCACGGUUUGCUAGACAAGGUCAUGAUGAUGAUGAGAAGUGCUUUUAUCGUUGGCGAGGAAGGGCUAGACAACCCGGAUGUUAAGGGGUCACAUUAUUGGAUUGAGGAACUUGAUGACCCUACUUACUUCCCUGGCCAUGCUGCCUCCAUACAUCUUCGCCUUGGAGAAAAGGAGCAUGUCAUCGGCUCCUUUGGCAUAUUACAUCCAACUGUCCUUGAAAAGUUCGAUCUGAAAUGUCCCGUGAGCGCUCUCGAGAUCGAUAUUGAACCGCUCCUAUAA